UGCUAUUUCUGUUUUAAUGCACAAGUUAGUUAGUUGGGGUUGUACUAAAUGUGAGAGCAGUAUAUAACCUCCUACUGUACUAGUUUCUUUUAUUCAUUCAAUUUACUUCUUUCUCUCGUUUUCCUAGCUCUUCUUCUUCUUCUUCUUCUCAAAUGUAUUAAAGUUUUACACCUCCAUUAAUGAAAAUCAGUUGUUUCUCUUAGUUCUUUCUUUGGUUCUGUUCUAUUUUGCAACAAUUACAUAUUUGUUUUACAAAAAUAAUCACAAAAAGAUGUUGAAAGGGGAAUUUGGUUGGGGUAUUUCUUUGUUUCUAAUCGUUGUGGCAACAUUGUUGUCUUCACCACAUCAAACUAUAGGCCAAGAAGUUGCUUCUUUUACAGACUCUCAAAUAGCCCUUCCUGGUUGUCCUGACAAAUGUGGCGACGUCGACAUCCCCUAUCCUUUCGGCAUAGGAGAUAAGUGCCACUACGGUAAUCCCCUUACAGAGGGCAUAUUCUACAAUAUCACUUGCAACGAUACUACGGUCCCCUCGUUUCCAACUUAUGGUGCUACUAAGGUAGUACUAAUCACUCUAGACGGCGAAUUCAGGGUAAGCAACAGCAUUGCAUAUUUGUGUUUUGAUAUUACAGGUACAAAAUUCAAUCAUUUAAAAUCCUGGAUUAGUGUCACAAGAUUUGCUCUAUCGACAACCCAAAACAUAGCCGGUGCCAUUGGGUGCGAUACAACGGGUUUGUUCUCAGGAACAAUGAUGAAUAGUACAGGUGGGUUUCUAUCAGGGUGUAUAACUGGGUGCUCUAACCAAUCGUAUAUCAGCAAUAAAUGCGAAGGCAUCGGUUGCUGCCUCGCCUCCAUUCCAGACGGAGUAACCAAUAUUACAUUAGAAGCUGGUAGUAUGUUGAACCACAAAUAUGUACUAGGUUACAAUCCGUGCAGCGUGGCGUUUGUGAUGGCUAAGGAUCAGCUUCAACAAAACCACUCUGAAAUGCUCUUCUCUAUUCAGUCUAUUCUUAAAAAAGAUGUCUCGUAUUUCAAAGAUGCCAAUGAGUUAUUGUAUCCAAUGGUAUAUAAUUGGUCAAUUGGAACUAAAGAUUGCAAAAGCGCGCAAGCAGCUGGGGAGCCAUUGUUGUGCAAGGGUAACACCGUGUGUGUUGAUGACUUGCCGGGGCAAUGGGGUUACCGGUGCGAGUGCAAACUUGGAUUCACGGGUAUUAAUCCCUACCUUCAUGAUUGUCAAGAUAUUAAUGAGUGUGCGGACAAUGGUUUACAUAAUUGUGAAAAACAAGAGUAUUGUCACAGCACCCCUGGAAGUUAUCGUUGUCAAUGUCCUCAAAGCUUCAAUGGCAAUGGCACAAAGGAAAGUCCUUGUGUUAGAAUCCAAAAGAAAGUAUUACUGCCACUGGAAUCUAUAAUCAUACUUGGUGUUGGCGGUGGAGUCAUUGCUUUUUUGUUGGUUGGCUUUUGGUUCCAUUGGCAACAUGGAAACAAAGAGAUCCAAAAAUUAAGGGAGAAAUGCUUUCAACAAAAUGGUGGUCAUAUUUUACAGCAAAAACUUUCAGGGCGAGAUGUAUCAUCACUUGGUAGUAUGGUUAGGAUGUUUACAUUUGAACAACUUCAGAAGGCCACAGAUAAUUAUAGUGAUAGUAGCAUCAUUGGUCGCGGAGGUUUUGGCAUGGUUUUUAAAGGAUUACUACCUAACAAUCAAGUAGUCGCCAUCAAAAGGUCCAUCAAGGUUGAUUCCACCCAGGUCGAACAAUUCAUUAACGAGGUUGUUGCCUUGUCACAAAUCAACAAUAAGAAUGUGGUAAAGCUCCUUGGUUGUUGCUUGGAGACGGAGGUACCUUUGCUCGUAUAUGAAUUUAUUAGUAAUGGUACAUUGCAUGAUCAUUUACAUGAUGAGGAAAAAUUGUUUUCUUUUACUUGGGAUGUUCGCUUAAGAAUUGCAGCAGAAGUUGCUGAGGUCUUGGCCUAUUUGCAUACUACAAUUUCUAUACCGAUAAUUCACAGAGAUAUUAAGUCUGCAAACAUACUCUUGGAUGAUAAAUGCGUAGCAAAAGUUGCUGAUUUUGGAGCUUCUAAGCUAGCUCCGGUAGAUCGAGAGCAGUUAGGAACUAUGGUUCAAGGGACAUGUGGUUAUCUUGAUCCAGAGUACAUGCAAACUGGUGAGCUUACAGAUAAGAGCGAUGUUUAUAGCUUUGGUGUUGUUCUUGUCGAGCUAAUUACUAGAAAGAAGGCGAUGUCUUAUGCUAAUCCUGAAAAUGAGAGAUGCCUUGCUGUAUGCUUUCUUAGGAAAUUUAAGGAAGAUCGUUUGUUUGAGAUUUUUGAUGAAAAAAUUGUAAGUAAUGGUGCAAUUGAGCAGCUUAAGGAAGUUGCUAAUCUUGCAAGGAGGUGCUUGAAACUUAAAGGAGAGGAUCGCCCAACAAUGAAGGAGGUUGCAAGAGAGCUAGAGAGGAUUAGAUGUAUGACUACUCAUCCAUGGUUGUCAAACAAUAGCGUGCCACUCCAAAAUGAAGAGAGUAAAUAUUUGCUUGGUGAGGCCCACGAUUGCAUCAACAAUGGCUAUGGCUACGAUGGCAUGAGCUAUUCAUCAAGCAGCCAAAGUAGAGUUGUGCACUUGGUGCCUUUGGAAGAUGGGAGAUGAUUACUGUGCUUGACCUACAUACAAUGGAAUACUUGUUAAGUUUAUACUUGUGAAAAUAGUAUGGUACCUAGAGGGGGGUGUACCAUGUGAAGGAAGUACAUUACAUAUAAAUAAAAGAAUAUUGGGACAAAUUUAAUGUUCUUUUAUUUGUAUGUAGUGUUUUUUUUUUUUUUGUGAAGAAAUUUAUAUGUAAUGUUCUCUAUCUUAGAUACUCUCUCUUUCCUCUCCCUUUAACUUCUUCUUUCAUUUUAUUUCUUGAUUUUUUUAAUAGUUUUUUAUAUGCUUAAUUCAUCACUCACAAACACAUUUUUACUAGAUUUAACACUCCAAAAUCCGAAUUUCUCAACCAAAAUUUUGGGUUUUUGAUGAUUUAAGAAUUUUAUGUAUUUUUGUUGGCUAAAGAACUUGCAAUUGAAAAUUCUACUUGUUUGUUUUCCACUAUAAAUUCACUUCACAAGGGUUUCCUACUCAUUUGAGGUAUGAUUUCUCUUUUUUGUCCAUCUUUGUUCUAUUUCAUGAAUAUGAAACCCUAACUUGUGCUUCAAUGGUGAACUCUAUGCUUGUUCUUUUUACCUAUAUUUUGUGUUUUGCAUAUUGUUCAUAUGAAGCUUUAUUUAUUAUCAUAAACUUACUUGAUUGUUUAAUUUGAAAUUUUGGCACUACCAUUGUUGUUCAUCAUCUUCUUUCAUGGGGUUGGGUAGUAUGUAGCUAGCAUUUUUCCAUUAUUUAUAAUUAAUGUUCUUUUAUUCAUAUGUAAUGUUCUUUUAUUUAUAAGUUAUGAUUUUUUUUUAUAGGUA